AGCUCGCACUCAAAUGAGAAGCCUGCCGUUCGUGGACAAGUUUGGUGGAUGUGGAAGCUCCUAACACAGGUUCUCACAACGCUCAUGGGAGGGCUUCCAGCGCCCUCGGCUGACUACCUCCAGACGAGAUUUUUGGGUGCGCCCAGUACGAUGCCGGAGCCCACACAGCAGCUGGGUCUAGAGUACAUGUUUUCCGAGCUCAGCACAACGAUUGUGCACACACACAAGCUCGACAGUACGAAGAUGGAGGGCAGCGGCUUUCCUGAAGCUAAUUCUGCGUGGUCCCACCUGCAGACCCACGUUAGGGAUGAAAUUUGCGUUGUGGCACGCGACAGGGCUGCUUGUGCCGUAUCAAAACUGGAGGGGGUGCUUGCAGCAACGCUGGUUUGGGCAAACACUCCAAAAAAUCUGCAGGUGCUGAAGGAAGCUUCUGUCGCAAAAGAGAAGGGUGAGGAAGCUAC